GCGCAGGCGCAGUGGGCGCCCGGCGGGGAUGUCCCGCAAGCAGGCGGGCAAGGCCCGGCCCGCCGCCGGAGCCAGGAAGGCACGGCGACCGCGGCAGCCCCCCGCCGGACCGGCACCGAGCCGCGGCUUGGACGGCGGGGGUCUCGCCAGGCAGCUCCGGGCCCUCGGCCUCAAACUGCGGGAGGUGCCGGGCGAUGGCAAUUGUUUGUUUCGGGCCCUCGGUGACCAGCUUGAGGGGCACUCGCGGAACCACCUCAGACAUCGCCAGGAAACGGUGGAUUACAUGAUAAAGCAGCGGGAGGAUUUUGAGCCUUUUGUGGAGGAUGAUGUGCCCUUUGAGAAACACGUUACCAAUUUGGCAAAGCCUGGUACCUUUGCUGGCAACGAUGCUAUUGUGGCCUUUGCAAGGAACAAUCAAAUGAAUGUGGUUAUUCAUCAGCUUAAUGCUCCACUGUGGCAGAUUCAGGGCACAGACAAAAACAAUGUGAGGGAACUUCAUAUUGCGUAUCGUUAUGGAGAGCACUACGACAGCGUGAGGAGAAUCAAUGAUGAUUCCGAAGCUCCAGCGUAUCUUCAGAUGGAGAUGCUUUGCAAAAAUGAUUCAAAUAAGGAGGAGGAAGUGAAGCCACAGAAGGGUGACUCUGAAGAUGAGAUUGAAGUUGAAAUGGAAGAUGCUAUACAAAAAGUGUGUAAUGCAACUGGAUGUUCAGACAUUGACUUAGUAAGCCAGAUUCUCGAAGUGGAAGACUACAAUAUAGAAUCUGCAAUAUUUGCCAUCUUUCAAGUGAACGAAGUGGAAAGAAUCAGUACUGAGGAGCAGUGUGAUCCCCAGAGCAAAGAUCAGAAAUCGUGUAGCAGAACUCUGCAGGAAGAAAAUGGAAGCGGUUCAAGAAUCUUUGGAAAUCGGAGCUUGCAUCAAGGUGAAAUAGAAAACAACAAAGGACAGGCUAGAUCUGAUGAAGAGAAUCGAGCUAGCAGAAACUCAAAGGUAUCUAAAAAACAAAAGAAGGAACAGCAGCGGCUAGAGAAGAAGAAGCGGCAGGAAGAAAGGCACCGACAGAAGGUCUUGGCCAACAAGAGUAACUGUGUAGAUAGCAGCAGGAGAGAGACAGACUCAAACAACCAGGUCACCUUGGUGAAGGCCAUGGCAGCUCUAAACAUAUGACUGAAAGUGUUCUGAGUGCUCUGGUGAGAAAAGCAAAUAAAACUGAUGAAGACAAAACUCCCUUUAAGCAAAUUUCCAGGCACCCAUUGUUACCUUCAAAUCUGUUUCUGCGGACAUCUCUAAGCAUACAUGAAUUUCCUGUUUCUUUGGCUGUGGGGUGAACAACCGUUCAGUAAUUCUGCAUCAGCCUGUGUGUGAGAAGAGUUGUUUGAACUUAACAAAAAGUAGAGACUUGUUUUUAUAAUUUUGGAGUUAGAUGAAGGUGAGAACCUUUUCUGCACACAGCAGUGUCAGAUUUCCUUUGACACCUCUUGAUGUGCUUAGAUUAUUUAUUUUUUUUAUAGUGACUUUUUACUUGGUUAUGCUUGGAGGAGCUUUAUUUUUACCUUGCUGUCAGGGAAAGCUUAACAAUUCUCAACUCAGGAACAUGGUGGGGUGGUUUUUUUCCUAUUUAAAUAAAGUAAGGGAACAGGUUCCCAGAAUCCUUUCCAAAGCAAAGUGUGUUAGCCAACACUGUAUCAAACAUGACGUUCCUCUUUCUUUUCCCAUGCAAGAAUGCAGUGGUCAGUUUUAAUCUAACUAGAACUGCUUGUGUUGCCCUAGGCUGUUUCAGAAGUGAUUAAUACACGAAGGGAGAAAGGGAUUGCUGCGUACAUGCUUGUUGAGACCUGUAGAGACAAAGAAAAAGUAAUACCAGUGGGCUCAUGAGACAGCAGAGCCGUUUCAUCUGAUCUGGUGAAGUCUAAUUGAGGUUGUAAAAUGCAACACGAGCAGGCAUGAGAUUUCUGUUGAGUGUUGUUACUUGGACAUCUGGAAUCUCAUCUCCUUUGCCAUACUCUGGAGCUUUUGGGCUGCUCCAGAGCUUUAGUCCAAGCCAGGAACUUGACGGUUGUUAGUCUCCAAAUGAAAUUAAUACAGCCAAAGGAUUGAUCCAGACUCCUGGGAACAAGGUUCCAAGUAGCAGUGAUCACUGGGAACCCUGCCUACUUCACUCUUCAUAAAUCAAGCUUUUUCCAGGGUAGGAUUUUUUCAUCUUAAAUUCCUCUUUGGUAAGGUCACCGAGUACUGUAGAAAGUACAGCUUGAAUCCUGUGAUGCUUUCCACUAUAGGAUUGUGAAUUUGGACUGAAGUGUAAGGACUGUGGGACUUGGCCCUCGAUUUAUGGCUUGCAGUGUUUCAGCUUCACUCAGGUUUUUGGACUUGUAUCAAGCACUAAGCUUGAAGAAAGCACACGUGCACUUACACGCACACUAGAUAACAGGAGACACCUCAUCAGCCAGGGCAGAGCUGAAACAGAUUUUCUGAAUGUAAGGAAUGUUGCUUUUGAAAAAAUUCUAUGCAUUCUUUGAAGUUUCCAAAUCAGCAUGGAAGUACAAAUGCCUUUUUUGACUGAACUGCCGAGAUCUGAGCUCGUACUUCUUCAUAUGCUCUGCGACUAUUUAUCAAGAGCAUUUGAAGAAUAAAAAGAAAGGAGUUCUACUUCUAAGUACCGGUGGUGUAGGAGAUCAGGCUUUAAUGCUGGUGAAGAAGUUCCUUUGGUUCCUGUAGUGAGCUUGGUGGAAAUAAAAGUAAUAGAAAGCAGCUCUUGUGCUUUAUGGUGGGACAUAGUGUCCGGCAAGUCAAGCAGCAUAUUAAGUGCUGCUCUGAGUGCCAGUGGUAGGCGUGACUAACCGCUGUAGAGGGAAGUCUGAGGAGUAUUUAACAGGUAGGAAGGGCAUGGAUGAGCCUUGAAUUCACAGGACUAUUCUUAAAGUGAAAAACGACUUUGGUGAAAUCCAUUUUGUGCAAACCUUGGAUAGCCUGUUAGCACUGUUGCUUCCUGGAAUUCUUUUUCUCCAAGACAGUCGCUGUUACAGUAGUGGAAAGAAUGGCAAAUCAUAGCUUAACGGGGAGAAAGUGCAAGUCACUUCACCAGUGUAAUGAGUUGAAGACAGUAGGCGUAGCAGGGUGGUUCAGGUAAAUGUGUCACCUUUGCCUUGCCCAGCUGUAUUUUGAAUUGGAAGGCAGGUGGGUUCUGCAAGUUUGAAAAGAUAAUAAGAAUUUGCAGUUGUAUGCUACGAAUAUGAUGUUUGAUCUUAAAUGAAUUGCUUUUUUGUCUUCCCGAGCCAGAGCUAAGAGGUUUAUUGUUGCUUCGGGCCUGGAGAGCUGUGAAGGGAGUUGUCCUGUAGCCAGCAGACAGGAAGCUGAGCUUCUGUGGGUGUGAAGGGACCUGCAAAACCUCGCUUUGCCCAUGUCCAGGAUAAACGGGCGGGCUUGCAACAGCAGCACAUCUUAAGUAGUAGAGAGAGGCUGACCUUCAGCUCAUGGCCUCUGAUACCUGUAGCCAAAUAUGUGGCUGAAAAAGCUUUCAUUUCCACAUGUAAUAUGAUUAAAACACAAACUCUUGAUGUGCUGGGCUCGUUAAGUCUUGUUAGGCUAGUCAAAUACUCUUUAUUUUUGCCAGGAUAGCUUUGUACCUGCAAAAACACGUUGUAUCCAAAGGUGUUAAAACUUUCAUUUUUUCUGUUGUAGAUUUUUCCUUUAGCUGUUGAAAUUUCCACCUGCCCUUACAAUGUGUAUUUUUUCUAGGCAAUCCUUAUGCAAUGUUCCUCAGGAAACUCACUUUUAUGCAGAAAAUUUGCUUUGUAAACAGGUCAUCGAUUUUCCUUGCAGGAGGAAGGGAGGCGAGAAACGAGAGAAGAGAAACAUCAUGAUUCACAGCUCGUGUUUGCUCUUUGGUGGAGCUAACCGUGCUUCGUAAUAUGUGGUCAUAGGACAACAAGCACUGCACGUUCCCAUGGUAUUUGAGGAGGAUUACUGUUUUUUACUCACUGCUAGCUUACAUUGUGGAGGGUCACCAGUGGGCAGAGGGCCAGGGGUGUGUUUGACUGCUGCUGGACUGGCAGGGUCACUGUCAGCCUCUUGGACAUGAGCACGCGGCAGGACAAUGUAGAAAGCUGCUUUCCCUGCAUCCUACCUACCACUGUCGUCUUCCCCAGACUUCUUUUUUCCAAAUCCUUGCCUCUGCAGGUAAGGAGUUGAGUUGAACUGGAAGUUUUAAGCAUUUAACCAGGUUCUGUCUGCUGUCCAUAAGCAUGUCUUGGCCUUACAACGUAUAGGAGGGCUUUUGUGCUUGUGCUGCUCGGUUUCUGGUGUACCUCGUUCCUUCUUGGAGGGCUGCCUUUCAGUUUAUUUAACAGCUUCGCCUUAUCUGCAGUGCCUGAACAGCAGCAGAAGUCACGUCAUCCGUGGUAUCCACAUCUGCAGUACUCUGAUUCUUUUUCUGUUGGAGUCUGUUGAAACUACAAGAGAGUUUUCUUCUCUUUUUCCCCCUUGGGACUCAGCUGGGUGCCUGUUUCUGUUACCAAACCAAACCACCUCUGGUUUUUGGAUGCUGAGUGCAAUAAAGGUUGCAAAGACGUGCCAGCUGAA